AUGUUGUCAACGCCAAUGUGCGAGAUCGUCGUUGUUAUUAUGCCACUCAAAAGCCACAAGCAGCUGCAUCUUCUCGUUGCCGGACACACAAGCGACACUUUUCUGGACCAAUUUGAGAAAUUUGCCAACGUGAGUUACAAGCGCCUCAAAGCCGAGCCCUGGAGAAACCCUGGCCUCGCUGCUCAUCCCCACUGGCGAAAAAGUCGACUCGAAAAGUAUCCCGACAGUUUGAGAGAAAUGGCCGCUGGAGCCGGAGCCGCCACUGGAGCAGCGACUGGAGCAGCCACUGAAGCAGCGACUGGAGCAGCCACUGGAGCAGCCACUGGAGCAGUCGCUGGAGAAGCCGCUGGAGAAGCCACUGGAGCAGCCGUUGGUGCCGACUACGCCGACGACUACCACUGCGCCGACUACGACUGUGUCGACUACGACUGUGUCGACUACGACAGUGCUCCAGACGAGCGAUGCCACGACGACGACGACGACAACGACGACGACGUUGACCUCUUUCCCGAGUACGACAGCGAUGCCACCGAUAUUGAAAACGAUGACAACGAGCCAAUUCGAAAUUUGGGAGGACUUGUGCCCAAUGUAUUUGACGAAAAUACCCGCGUGCGAGUGCUUCAAGGUACCGAAGUUAAAGAUAUGCCGCGCUGUCCAACACAAAACUGUCCGUAUACAAACGAUCGCCUCGCUCGAAUGAGAGAUCACAUUAAAAGUGCACUCUAG